GAUCUUGAGAAACACGACUCUAGAACAAAUAAACUAGAGUGAGAGAGACGAGAGAAGCUAGAGAAAGAGAAAUGGCGGAUACUCUGAGCGCUUUGAGAAUUCUAAUGACGUCUCAUACUCCUCUUGACGCCUUGAUUGUUCCUUCCGAGGACUAUCACCAGAGUGAAUAUGUAUCUGCGAGAGAUAAACGACGUGAAUUUGUUUCAGGUUUCACGGGGAGUGCUGGUCUGGCACUUGUAACUCAGAAAGAAGCACUACUUUGGACCGAUGGGCGGUAUUUUCUGCAGGCAAUUCAACAGCUUAGUGAUCAGUGGAAACUUAUGCGAAUGGGAGAGGAUCCUUCUGUAGAUCUCUGGAUGGCAGAUAAUCUGCCAGCAGAUGCAGCUGUUGGAGUGGAUCCUUGGUGUGUGUCAGUGGACACAGCACAAAAGUGGAUUCAUGCAUUUUCCAAGAAGCAGCAGAAGCUGGUUCAAACCACCACGAACUUAGUUGAUGAAGUUUGGAAGAGCCGACCAGCACCAGAAAUAAAUCCUGUCAUGAUACACCCACUGGAAUAUACUGGUCGCUCUGUUGAAGAUAAGUUGAAGACUUUGAGAACAAAGCUUUCGCAAGAGAAAGCUCAUGGUUUAAUUGUGACCGGACUUGAUGAAGUAGCUUGGUUGUACAACAUCCGUGGGAGUGAUGUGUCAUACUGUCCAGUUGUACAUGCAUUUGCAAUUGUGACACUCAAUUCAGCAUUCUUUUAUGUGGACAAAAGGAAGGUGUCUGAUGAGGUGCGCUCGUACAUGGAGCAAAAUGGAAUUGAAGUUCGGGAUUAUAGUGCAGUAUUAACAGAUGUGUCCUUACUUGCAUCUAAUCAACUUAACUUGUCAUCUUCUGCGAAAGGACCUGAAGUUAGGGCUAAUGUGGAAGUAGAACUUAGUUCAAUCGACAUAGCAGGAUCUAAUGGAAUUAAAGUAGAAAGCCAGAGUUCUGGCCUCAUAUGGGUUGAUCCUGCCCAAUGCUGCUAUGCUUUGUAUUCUAAACUGAACUCUGAUAAGGUCCUCCUGCAACAAUCGCCAUUGGCCCUUGCAAAAGCUCUAAAGAACUCUGUUGAGUUGGACGGACUAAAGAAGGCACACAUUCGGGAUGGUGCAGCCGUUGUACAAUUUCUUGUGUGGUUGGACAAGCAGCUGCAAGAGACUUAUGGUGCUUCUGGUUACUUUCUGGAAGGGGAUGGUGUGAGGAAGCCCAAACCGUCGGACUUGAAGAAACUGACAGAAGUUAGUGUAAGCGAUAAGCUUGAGGCUUUCCGAGCAUCAAAGGAGCAUUUUAGAGGCCUAAGCUUCCCUACUAUUUCAUCUGUUGGUUCAAAUGCUGCAAUUAUUCAUUAUGGACCACAAGCAGAGACAUGUGCCGAAUUGGAUCCGGAGAGUAUCUAUCUUUUUGACUCGGGAGCUCAGUAUUUGGACGGUACAACCGAUAUCACGCGGACAGUCCAUUUUGGAUUACCUUCAGCACAUGAAAAAGCUUGUUAUACUGCAGUUCUCAAAGGCCAUAUUGCUUUGGGAAAUGCAAGAUUUCCAAAUGGCACAAAUGGCCACUCAUUGGACAUUCUUGCUCGAGUUCCUUUGUGGAAGGAUGGUCUGGAUUAUCGACAUGGCACUGGCCAUGGAAUUGGUUCUUUCCUUAAUGUUCAUGAAGGACCCCAUUUAAUUAGUUUCAGACCACAGGCUCGAAAUGUUCCACUUCAACCUUCAAUGACUGUUACAGAUGAGCCUGGCUAUUACGAGGAUGGUGCCUUCGGUAUUAGAUUGGAGAAUGUACUUGUAGUGAAGGAUGCUGAUACAAAAUUUAAUUUUGGCGAUAAAGGCUACUUAGCAUUCGAGCACAUAACAUGGGCACCAUACCAAAGAAAGUUGAUAAAUACAAGUCUUCUCACAUCUGAAGAAUUGAAUUGGGUGAACACUUAUCAUUCACAAUGUAGGGAUAUUCUUGCUCCAUAUUUGGAUGAAUCUGAGAAGGUAUGGCUGAAUAAAGCCACCGAGCCAAUAACUGCUUGAUCAUCUCUCUGUGAAGGAUUAUUGAAGUAGUUUAAGCUCUCAUGCUGUGUUGCCCACCACAUCUCUUUUCUUUUAAUAAUGUCGUCUUUACUCGUCGCCUUUAGUGGAGGAUUAUUGCUUUCCUUUCCUCACCUCGUUUGACAAUUGAUAUUUGGUUCGAAGUUCCAUCCACCAUUGUAUCCAACCCCAACUAGUAUUAGUGAUAGUUAAUUUCUAUAUAAAUCUGGUUGAAGCUUCUAGGAU